AGAUCAGUUUGACACCCUACGUAAUGAGAGGGAGCGGAGCUGUUCGCACGGACUGCUGACCAAUUUUGCCUCCAUUCGCGCGUUUUAAUAAGGGUUCAGUAAGCGGAUAACAUUCUUUCAUUUAUUAAUAAAGUAUUUCAGUAAUUAUCGUGAACGUGCAUGUAUGAAAUGCAACCUUCAAUCAAUAUAUUUGCUACACUUCCAGUAUCUCGAGAGUCUAGAUUAUUUUAUAAAUUUAUACAAUUCUCUCUUGUUACUGAUUCAUUUAUGUGCUUAAAUUUUGGGGAAAAAUACAGGUGGGACGUGCCAGUAUAGCAAUGACAAUGUUUAAGUGAGUGACAGCAUAGAGAGAGGGCGCGCGUACCUAUUAAUGGGCUUCCGUGUACAAAGAAGUUGCACAACGCGGCUUCAUGCAGUUUCCAUUUUUACCUUUUCCUUAAUCAGGCCGGCUGUACAGCCCGUCGCUUUUUCAGGAGCAGCUCCAUGAUCCAGCCAGUUUGAGGUGGAAUUGUCCCCCCCCCCAGAAUGCUGUGGGCUGUUGAAUGAGCCACUGAGAUCAGCACUGGCAGGGUGUGAGCCUGUGCCCAGGCUCUGCUGCACCUCCAGCCUGCCAGUGGGGGAGAGCAAAAAGCAAAGAGUCCCCACAAAGAUAUAGUUACAAACCUGUGAUGUCAAAAUGGAGGGACAGAAAAGCUAUGGGCAGCAGCAAACCGCAGAGCAGAACAAGUCGUGUAAGAUGCAGAGGCACGAGGACCAGAGGAAGAAUCCCACAUAUCAGUACCACUGCACACUGGCAAACUUCCGCAUUGAGAAGAAGAUCGGCAGGGGUCACUUCAGUGAAGUCUACAAAGCAACUUACCUCCAGAAUGGACAGCAGGUGGCACUGAAGAAAGUACAGAUUUUUGAAAUGAUGGAUGCCAAGGCAAGGCAGGACUGUAUUAAUGAAAUUGACCUGUUAAAGCAACUGAACCACCCCAACGUGAUCAAGUACCUGGACUCCUUCAUCGAGGAGAACCAGCUAAACAUCGUGCUGGAGCUGGCUGACGCAGGAGAUCUGUCACAGAUGAUCAAGUUCUUUAAGAAGAACCGACGCCUCAUCCCUGAGAGAACAAUCUGGAAGUACUUUGGACAGCUCUGCAGUGCCGUGGAGCACAUGCACUCACGCAGGGUCAUGCAUAGAGACAUCAAGCCGGCUAACGUGUUCAUCACAGCCACGGGGGUGCUCAAACUGGGGGACCUGGGCCUGGGCCGCUUCUUCAGCUCCAAGACCACGGCAGCGCACUCCUUAGUGGGAACGCCAUACUACAUGUCCCCAGAAAGGAUCCAUGAGGACGGUUACAACUUCAAGUCUGACAUCUGGUCCCUGGGAUGCCUGCUGUAUGAGAUGGCCGCCCUCCAGAACCCGUUCUAUGGAGACAAGAUGAACCUAUACUCUCUGUGCUGUAAGAUUGAGAAAUGUGACUACCCACCUCUCCCGUCCGAAGGCUACUCCGACCAGCUGCGGGACCUGGUGAGCAUGUGCAUCACCCCCACGCCGGAGAAACGCCCCGAUGUCAUCUUCAUACUGCAGGUUGCCAAACAGAUGCAGCUAAGGGCAGCCACCUCAUGAGUGCCCCCCACAGGACACCCGGGGGUCUGCAAGGGAUGGAGGGUUUUUUUCAAAAUAAUUUACAAUGUAUUCUAUAGCUAUUAAUUUUAUUUUAGUUCUUAUUUUUUACCAAAAAAACUAGAUCCAAUGCCGUAAUAUUUGGGAGGACUGGGAGGUCUGUCCUUAUUGGCUGGCUGAAGAUGGAAGGUUAUGAUCAUGUGACAUCAGUAGCCACCCCCCCCCGGGUUCCACUGGGGCUGCGCUAGCAGAAUGAGCCUUGAGCUUGGGUUUGAAUGCAGGCAGGAUCAGCUUGGGGCAUCCCUGAAGACAUCAGGGGGUGGAAGUGUUUUUGUCCCCAGGCAUAGGGGACAGUGUUUCUGAGGCCGGGUUCAGCACCAUGUCAAACUUCGGCAAACAGCUAUAGGCAGAAGCUCUUACAAAUCAACAUGCACCCCAUGUUCUAUACCUGAGACAUGUCAGCCUGAUGGAGGCGCUGUUCCCAUCCACCCACUCCUUACAUUUGUAGAGGGGGUCAGAUGGUGUGACUGAUUCCCCAUUUUACAGUUGUCCGUUUAUGACUGUGCUAGUCUCUGUUCAGCCAGCAUGUCAUGAUGUGUUAUGGCUGCUCUCUCUCUCUCCAUCCAUCCAUCCAUCCAUCCUUAAAAUGCAGACAGCAUUGCUGAGCCAAAGACUUUUUAUACUGUGAAAUGAAAGGCUUUGAAAGGAGGCUUGUGUUGAAACUCUGGGCCCGAUCUAGAUACAGACCUCAUAUCGUGUGCUCCUGGCUCGAGUGUCGCGGUGAGGACCAUGAUGCAGGGCACUCUGUGCCGUCUCUGCUGACUCUAGCUUAACCCUCAGUGACCUUUGCUCCUUCAUCAUACUUUCCUUAUCUGUGAUACUGUACCCUCUGCUGGAAAUAAGGCAUUGCCAAAUGCCCGUGUGUAAUGAACUUGCUUACAUUUGUAAAGAUGGUAAAUUACGAUAUUUUAAGCCUUAUUCAUCAAGGACAAAAGUCAGUAUUGACUGUCCACUCAGAUAUACUAAUAUUCACAAAAUACACCGAAAACACUUUCUGAAUUUCUUCUUUAACUUGUUCCUCUGACCAUUAUUAUUUAGAAAUCCAGAAGCUUUUUGUAAAUGACUUUACACUGUGUGCUAUUCAUGUUACAUUGCCUGUAAACUGAAUAAAAUUUGUGACUGUAAUCUCUA